AUGGAUCGCCACAAAAAACCCUUUAGCGGGAUUAAGAAGGAUUUUCAAGGGAGAUUGCAGUGUUACAAGCAAGAAUGGAUCGGGGCACUCUGUUCAGGAAUGAGAAUAUUAGCUCCAACAGCAUAUAUCUUCUUUGCUUCCGCUCUUCCGGUCAUUGCAUUCGGUGAGCAGCUGAAUAGGGAUACAGAUGGAACCUUAAGUUCAGUCGAAACUCUCACUUCUACUGCUAUCUGUGGAAUUAUCCACGCGAUUUUUGGUGGGCAGCCUCUUUUGAUAUUAGGAGUUGCCGAACCUACCGUAAUAAUGUACAAUUACUUGUAUGGUUUUGCCAAAGGAAGACCAGAAUUGGGGAAGGAACUGUUUCUAGCAUGGGCAGGCUGGGUCUGUGUAUGGACUGCUGUUAUGCUGUGCAUUCUUGCUAUACUAAAUGCAUGCACGCUCAUCACAAGAUUUACAAGGGUUGCGGGGGAGCUUUUUGGCAUGCUGAUCUCCGUGCUUUUUAUGCAAGAGGCUGUUCGGGGAGUAAUCAGUGAAUUUGGUGUCCCAAAGGGAGAAAACGGUACAGCAGAGCAGUACCAGUUUCAUUGGCUUUAUACAAAUGGUCUACUUGCGGUCAUUUUCUCCUUUGGUAUUCUCAUUACUGCCAUGAAGAGUAGAGGUGCUAGGUCUUGGCGUUAUGGUACAGGGUGGCUUCGAAGUUUUAUAGCAGACUAUGGGGUUCCACUCAUGGUCGUGGUGUGGACAGCAGUAUCUUAUGCCAAGCCUGCAGACCUUCCUCAUGAUGUUCCAAGGAGGCUCGUCUGUCCUCUUCCAUGGGAAGCUGGAUCUUUAUCACAUUGGACGGUCAUCAAGGAUAUGGCAAAAGUUCCAGCAGUUCAUGUUUUUACUGCCAUAAUACCAGCUGUGAUGAUAGCGGCCUUGUACUUUUUUGAUCAUAGUGUAGCUGCACAAAUGGCGCAACAGAAGGAAUUUAAUCUUAAAAACCCAUCUGCUUACCAUUACGAUGUCUUUUUGCUUGGGAUCAUGACUUUGAUGUGUGGUUUGAUUGGCGUCCCCCCUUCAAACGGGGUUCUCCCACAAUCACCCAUGCAUACAAGGAGUCUUUCGGUUCUCAAAAGACAGAUGAUGCGAAAUAAGAUGGUGAAGUGUGCCAAGGAAGGCAUAAAGCUGGAAGCAAGCAACUCAGAAAUCUUUGGGAGGAUGCAUGCCGUUUUCGUUGAAAUGGAACCUCAUCCAAAUAGUGUUGUGGAUAAGGAAUUGGAGAACUUAAAGGAAGCUGUAAUGAAUCGUGAUGAUGGAGGAGAUGCAAAAGGGAAGUUUGAUCCCGAUAAGCAUAUAGAGGCUUAUUUGCCUGUCCGAGUUAACGAGCAACGAGUGACGAAUCUGCUGCAAUCCAUGCUUGUGGGGCUUGCAGUUUUUGCUAUUCCUGCUAUCAGAAUGAUACCCACCUCGGUUCUGUGGGGAUACUUUGCCUACAUGUCCAUUGAUAGUCUUCCUGGCAAUCAGUUCUGGGAGAGAUUGUUGCUCUUUUUCAUCCCUGCUGGCCGACGUUACAAAGUCUUAGAAUCGCUUCAUGCAUCGUACGUGGAGUCGGUGCCAUUCAAAUACAUAACAAAGUUCACGGUCUUCCAACUCGUGUAUUUCUUGAUUUGUUAUGGAAUCACAUGGAUACCGACAGGCGGGAUAUUGUUUCCUCUGCCAUUCUUCUUGCUCAUACCCAUUCGAGAGCAUGUUCUUCCCAAGUUGUUUCCAGGUGAACAUCUCCAGGAACUAGAUGCAUCUGAGUACGAAGAAUACAUGGGGCGUCCAGUUCAAAGCAUGAGUCUUUCCCGGAGGGAAGGAUGUGAUGAAAGCAUGGAGAAUGACUUCGAAAUGGACUCAGCCGAGAUAUUGGACGAAAUGACGACACGCAGAGGCGAGUUGAAGCUAAGAUCAAGCUUCAACGACAGGCAAUUUCAUGUUGGUUCCGAUGAACUGACAACCCGCAGAGGCGAAUUGAGGCUGAGAUCCAGCUUCAACGAUAGGCAGUUUCAUGUAAAUACGGAGGAAAUGACGACACACAGAGGGGAGUUGAAGCUAAGAGCAAGCUUCAACGAUAGGAUGCUUCAUGUUCACCGACAAAACGGUUCACCGGCGUAGAGAAGUUGCAGCCGAUUUUAACUCGUAGUACGUCUACCCACGAUUCUUUGGUCAAACUUGGCUAAGUUUUGGUAAAGAACCAAUCGUCAGUAGCAACGAUGAGAUGAUCGCCAUCCCUGAUGAGUUUUAUAUCUUCAACAAGAGCUCCGUUUUUAGUUAUAACUUUUGUAGCAGAAAUAGAAAAUUUCUUGGAGCCGAUAUCCAGUAGCUCUUGGAGGGUUUCAGGAAGACGUAUGAGUUUCCCAGCUUCGUCAUUUUUCUCCGGACAACAAAGUGUUACUCUGACGAUUUGAGGCAUUCGUUCCAACGCAGCAUAUGGAGGCGGUGGUGAUGGCAUAUACCCCAUUUCAGCUGCAUAAUCACAUAAUGUAAUCUAUUAGACACACAGCAGAAGCUAAAGAAAGAAAGAAAGAAAGAAGAUUAUUGAUCUGUGCUCAAAAUUCAGAUACAGCUUUAGAAAGAAACAAUUGGGCCAUCAUAAGUUACUAAGGAAUUCUGUAAUGGUGUCUCUUUUUAAUAAAGUUUUGUGAUUGAAACAUAAUCA